AUGUAACAGGACGAUGUCACAGAGGCCAGCGGCACCUGGAACCCUGGGGGCCCCUGGCCUCGGUGCCAUCCUCCAGCACGGCCUCCCGGGCGGGUCGACCGCUCCUGAGACCGGCCUUCACAGACACGCCCGAUGCACGCUGGGUGCCACGGGGAGCAGUUUCUGCCUGGGGCCGCCCCGGGCCCGGCUGCCCCGCUCACCCGCCUCUGAGCACCCCCUCCGAGCUCGCCUCCCUUCCACCCGGGCCACGGGCGCCCUGGGAGGCCCCGGAGAUGCCCGCAGGCCUCCCGUCUGCGGUCCCCGGCGGGACCUAGCUGCGCACAGCGGCCGGAGGAGGCGGAGGGGGGGCGGCCAUGGGGUGGCGGUCGCCCUGAUCCUGCUGGCCCUGCCGGCGCCCUCGGGGGCGGUGGUGCGGGCCGUGCGGGCCGGCAACGCCAGCACCCUGGACUUCGCGGACCUGCCGGCCCUGUUCGGGGUGCCCCUGGCCCCCGAGGGCGUGCGGGGCUACCUGACGGAGGCCGAGCCGGCCGACGCGUGCCGCCCCAUCGCGGGCCCGCGGCCGGGCAACGGCUCGCUCGGCGCCAUCGUGCUGAUCCGCCCAAACGACUGCACGUUCGACCUCAAGGCGCUGCACGCGCAGCGGGCCGGCUUCGAGGCGGCCGUCGUGCGCGACGCGCGCUCCGACGAGCUGGUGCGCACGGCGCCCGGGUUCGAGGAGCCGCGACGCCAGAUCGCCAUCCCCUCGGUGUUCGUGGGCGAGGCCGCCUCGCGGGACCUGCGGCUCAUCGUGCGCCGCGACAGGUCGGCCCACGUCCUCCGGCUGCCCGACUACCCGCCGUGCCCCAAGCCGGACCGCCACCCCCUGCCGGCCGCGUCCUGGGUGCUGGGCCGCGCCCUGGCCCUGCUCACGUCCGCCGCCUUCGUCCUGCGACGGCUGUGGUGGGCCUGGCUGGGGGCCCCGGGGCCCCGGGGGCCGGCGGCCCAGACGCAGGCCCGCCGGAAGGCCCGGGUGCGCACCUUCACGCGGAGGAACGACCUGUGUGCCAUCUGCCUGGACGACUACGAGGAGGGCGACCGGCUCAAGGUCCUGCCCUGCUCCCACACCUAUCACUGCAAGUGCAUCGACCCCUGGUUCGCCCAGGCCGCCCGCCGCUCCUGCCCCGUGUGCCAGCAGUCGCUGGCCGGCACGGAGGACGGCUCCGACUCCACCGUCGAGAGCUUGGGCGACGAGGACCCCUCGCUGCCCGGCCACCGGCCCCCGCUCUGGGCCGUCCAGGCCCGGCUGCGCUCGCGGAGGCUGCAGCUGCUGGCCCGAGCCGGCUCGCACGGCCGCGCCGAGGCUACUGCGUCCCCGGAGAGGCCCCCAGAGCCGCCAUGAGGCCCCUGGCCGACCCAGAUCGGGGCAGGGAGGGUGGAAAUGCCGAGUGUUUCUAGUCUAGAGAGAAUAAAGUGGGUCUGAAAACGGA